AUGCCCAUCAAAGUCGGCCUAAUCGGCUACGGCAACGCCGCAAAAACAUUCCACAUCCCCUUCAUCACCGCGAUCCCCGAAUACGAGCUGGUCGCGAUCCUACAGCGCGCCGAGGCGCCCGCGCAUCCUGCUUCUACACCUGCCGGUGUGCACUGCACGGUUGAUAUCCCGGGGAUUCGACACUAUCGCACGCCGGAUGAGUUCUUUGCUGAAAGCGAGGUUGACCUCGUCGUUGUUGCGACGCAUCAUGAUACGCAUGCGGAGUUUGCGGAGAGGGCGUUAGAAAGUGGGAUGCAUGCCAUAGUCGACAAACCCUUCGCUCGCUCCUCGGUGGAAGCAGACCGUGUCAUCAACCUCGCGAACGAGAAAGGUCUAAUCGUGACAUGUUUCCAGAAUCGUCGAUGGGACGGCGACUUCCAAACCCUCCGCAACCUCCUCAACCAAGGUGCCCUCGGGAAGAUAAUGGAAGCAGAGCUCCACUACGACUUUGAAUCCCCGCCCUGGCUGAAGUAUAUGACGAAGGAAAAGUACGAGCCGGGGGAUGGGCAUGUUUUUGGGCUAGGCUCCCACACGCUCGACCAAGCCUACGCCCUCUUCGGUCGGCCCAGCUCAGUAACAGCAUUCCUGCGGAAUCAGCGUGGAGUCAAGAGCGAAGUCGAGGACUCGUUUACGAUUAUCCUGCAAUACGACGGCCCACAAUCCGACCUUCUUGUCACCGUCAAAACAUGCGUCGUAACGCCCCUCGCUCGGCAGCUCAAACAACUCGUCCGCGGAACCGAGGGCUCGUUUGUAAAGUGGCAGGCGCGGAGUACAUGUCCACAAGAGGAACACAUUGCGGCAGGCAUGAGGCCGCUGGAUUCAGGGUUUGGCACGGAGCCGGAGAGUAUGUGGGGCGAGUUGACGACGUAUAAGCCCUUCGAUCAAAGUGUUCAAAAGUUCGAUCCGGAGUCAAAAAAGUAUGUGGGGAAGUAUCCGACUGUUCCGGGCCGGUGGAUGGGCCUGUAUGAGAAUCUGGCUGCGGCGAUUCAUAGAAGGGAGGAGUUAGCGGUCAAGCCCGAGGGGGUGAGGGAUGUGUUGAGGAUUAUUGAGCUUGCGAGGGAGUCGAAUGAAAAGCGGGUUACGGUCGCGUGGACGUGA